AUGGCAGCACAACAGCAACAACAGCAGCAGCAGCAGCAACAACAACAACAGCAACAACAGCAGCAGCAACAGCAGCAGCAGCAGCAACAACAGCAGCAGCAACAACAGCAGCAGCAACAACAGCAGCAGCAACAGCAGCAGCAGCAAAGCGCAUCGGAACGUCUAGUCAUGGACGGCACGCGGGCGUCACCGUCUCCUCGUAUGUCGCUCCAGGCAUCCAGUCACACCCGUUUGUCUCUCCUACAAUCGCCACAGCCGCAAUCGCAACAGCAACAGCAACAGCAACAGCAACAGCAACAGCAACAGCAACAGCAACAGCAGCAGCAGCAGUUGCGCGCAGAGGUUACAGCGGAGGCACAGCACGCGCACCUCACGCCGCGUUCCCCGUUUCUUCCAUCCACGCCCGCUCCCGCCGUCGGCCAUCGGCCGCACCGAGUGUGCGACGCGUGUUCGUGCCAGCCCGCGGUGCUCUACUGCGCCGCCGACGACGCGUACGUCUGCGAGCCGUGCGACGUCUUCGUUCACUCCGCCAAUCCGCUCUCGCAGCGCCACGAGCGCGUGCGACUGGGUCCCAACGGCGCGCCGCUCAAGAUAGAUCGCAGAGGCGCGGUGUUGCCUUCCGAUGCCGCCGCCAGUCUUCCGCGCGGCGUUGCGGGGAGAGUGCAGCGCGGAGAGUUGGCGCAGAGCCUGCUUCCGCGCGCAGACGAGUCUGGGGUGCGGGGCGCGGCAGCUACGUGCAGUGAGGCGGAGGAGGGGGUGGCGGGGAGCGUGGCGGGUCCGACGGCGGGCGCGAUCGGCGCGGAGAGCGCGCAGAGCGGGCUGCCGUCCAGCAUGUCCGCGUCCACGUGGUCGUUUGCCGCCAAUCCACGUCACCUUAACGAGUCCCUGCAGGGUGCCUCGCCAUGGGGUAAGAUGGCAGCCGGCGCGACGCAUUCCCCCCUCUCCGCGCCCGCGGGGUUGUGCGCCAAGUCGCAUCUGCUGCGCGCACCCGCGAGCCCCUUCAGUCCCCCCAGCCCCUACGCGGGCUGCCUGCUCUCGCUGCCCGGCGUGCCGGCCGUGAAGGCGCACGCGGCGACACACGCGCCUCGACCUCUCCAGUCGCCCCGCACUGCUCCUGCAGCACCUGCAUCCGCUGCAGCUGUGUGCGCCGGUGCAGCGGCGGGCGCGCGGGGCGUGGAAGCACGCGACGGGCGAGACACCGCGAGGGGGGGCGUGCGGGCAGGGAGAGAGGCGAGGAGAGGGGAGGAGGUGCAGGGGGGCGGGGAGAGGGAGGAGAGGGAGGAGAGGGAGGGAGGCGCGGAGAUAACGGCGGGAUGGAUGGACGAGCGGGUGGCGCAGGUGUGCGGGGAAGAGGAGGCGGGGGAGGCGGGGCGACUGGGCAGCAGCAGCGGGUUUGAGGAGUUUGAGGACAUGAUGAGCGGUAUGGGGGGCGCGGAGGGCAUGGCGGGGCUAGAAGACAUUGACGAGGACGACCAGUUCGCGCGCGACCUCGCGCUCUGCAUGACCCCGCGCGCGCCCCCCCCGCCCUCCGCCACGCCUUCCGCCACUUGUCCCCCGUCGUCCCCUCGCCUCACCACGGCGCACCCUGCUGCGGCGGCGCAGCAGGCCCAUCCCACCGAUGCCAGCUACUUCACUCCCCCGCCUGCCGCAUCUCCCGCUGCUGCCGCUGCUGCUGCUGCUUCCCCAUGCGGCGAACCCCCCCGCGCGUCAAUGCCGCCAGCAGUGGUACAGCCCACAGCGGGGUGCCAUGCGUCGCGCACCCACGCUCUGCCCUCCGACGGCCCCGGGCUGCCCGCGCGCCCUGCGAAGAGGCAGCACCUGCGGGGACUUGGCUUUGGUUCGGCACCAGGUCUGGGUGCAGGUGUGGGUGUAAGUGCAGCAGAGGGGGGAGGACUGGCGAGUAUCGCGGAAGGAGGGUCGGGCGUGGAGGCGAGACGAGGGGGUGGGGUGAAGCGUGAGGUGGAUGCAUCGGGGGUGAUGGCCCAAGGGGCAGCAGCGCAGGGCGUGCAGGGGGUGGGAGUGGCAUGCACGCGUGGGCACGCACAGCAGCGCAUGCACCCUCCCAUGCAUCCCCAGGCCCUGUCCCCCUGUGCGUCGCUUGACCGCUGCACCCCUGCAUCCCCCACCACUGCUGCGAGCAUGUCUGUCAGCCACACGCGCCCCGCCCCGCACGCGCCGGCCAACAGCUUUCUGAGCUCCGAAGAGAGGUGCAGAGCAGUGGGAGGGCGGGGGGGGCAGGAGGGCGCGGGAGUGGAACGGGAAGGUGGGCGCGUGCGGGGGGAAGCAGGGGGGCGGUCAUCAGGGGAGGCGGAAGGGGGGGUGGAGGAGGCGGAGGAGGUGGUGAUGGAGGAGGGCGCGGUGGAGGCUCAGCUCAAGGGCGUGGCCUCUCACCUCACCCUGCUCGCAGCACACCCACUCUGCCCCUCCUCUCACACUGCCCAGGGGGAGGGCACACGAGGCGACAGGGAUGGGGCGGACAGGCGUGCAGCAGCGAUGCGGGGAGUGCUGGGCAGUCUGGGGGAGCGGGGUGCGGGGGGGCGGUGGUGUCCGACGCUGCACCUCAACUACGCUGACAUCAUCACCGCCUGGUCACACCACGGCCCCCACGCAUCGCCGUGGCUGGACGACCAACCGCCGUCGCUGGCCCUCCACGCCCAGCCCUCCGUGUGCUCUGACCCCCAGCCACUGCAGGCGGCCAUGACCCCCCACUCGGUGAUCAGCACGGGGCGGGAGGAGGGUGCGGAGGGCGAGGUGGGCGAGUCGGGGGUGAGUCGCGUGGCGUCGGUGCCGCACGGGCUGGACCGCGUGUGCAGCGACCUGCUGCUGGAGGACACACACACAGACGGGCACGUGGAUGGGCAGGUGGAGGGGCAGGUGGAGGGGUAUGUGGAGGGGCGGGAGGCGCGGGUGCUGCGGUAUCGUGAGAAGCGGCGCAACCGGCUCUUCUCCAAGACCAUCCGCUACCAAGUGCGCAAAGUCAAUGCCGACCGCCGGCCCCGCGUCAAGGGACGAUUUGUGAAGCGAGACUUGUGA